UUUGCAAUCAGAAUGGAUGAAAUUGCAAGCACAGACUUAAGUAACCAGUGGAUGGAGGCAGCCCUGAACCAAGCAAAAGAUGCACUGAACUCAGGUGAAGUACCUGUUGGCUGCGUCUUUGUCUACAAUGAUUCAAUCUUAGCCUCUGGUCGCAACACAGUCAAUGAGACCCACAACGCCACUAGACAUGCCGAGAUGAACUGUGUUGACCAAGUUUUGAAUUGGUGUCAAGAUAAGAAAAUUAAUCACAGACAUGUUUUCCCAGAGAUUAGUAUUUAUGUCACUGUAGAACCUUGUGGUAUGUGUGCUGAUGCAUUAGGGCAGCUUGACAUUAAAGAGAUCGUGUUUGGCUGCUCAAACGACAGAUUUGGGGGCUGUGGCUCUGUUGUCAAUGUCCCUAAAAUGUAUAAUUAUGCAUUUAACAUCAAAAAGGGCAUUAGAGCUGAUGAAGCCAUUGGACUAUUGAAGGAUUUCUACAAAGGUGAAAAUCCAAAUGCUCCGUCUGACAAAGUAAAGCGAAAGAAAAGUCAGUAAAAGGCCAUGUUUUGUAGAUCACUCAGUGAAUUGUAUUAGAAUUAUACUUAGACAAAAUAAUUCAUGUUAUGAUGUAAUUCUGGUAUGCAGAGAUUCAAGUAACUAUUAUUAAUUUCAUUUGCAUUAUAAAAUUCAGUCUAGUUUUUAUAUUAAAAGACAAGUAAAAAAAAAAAAUGUAUACUUUUUGACCACAACUGACAAUGUCAGAUACUUAAAUUAACCCAAUGCCGACGGGUGGCAUGUACGCACAUGCCAUGGCAUGGCGGGACCAUCUGCCAGGGGCACCUACGCACAUGCCAUAGAGUAUGUUUGGACAUGCCAUGAUUUUUUUUUUAGUUACAAUCA